AAUGUGAAGGCUGUGUCGGAAACCCCCGCUGUGCCCCCUGUUUCAGAAGAUGAAGACGAUGAUGAUGACGCUCUCCCCCCACCCGUGAUUGCCCCCCGGCCUGAACACACGAAGUCUAUCUACACCCGCUCUGUGAUCGAACCUCUUCCGCCAGCCCCCACCAGAGAUGUGACUACCUCUCCGAUCCCCUCCCCUUCCGAAAACAGCACCACGCCCCCAGAUACGCUGGCGAGAAAUGCCGAAAAACAGAAGAAGAAGUCUAAAAUGACAGAUGAAGAAAUUCUGGAAAAAUUAAGAGGUAUCGUAAGCAUUGGUGAUCCCAAGAAGAAAUAUACAAGUUUUGAGAAGAUUGGACAAGGGGCUUCGGGUACAGUUUACACAGCGAUGGAUGUUGCUACGGCACAAGAGGUUGCAAUCAAACAGAUGAAUUUGCAGCAGCAGCCUAAGAAAGAACUGAUUAUCAAUGAAAUUCUCGUCAUGCGGGAAAACAAGAACCCCAACAUCGUCAACUAUCUAGACAGUUACCUUGUGGGGGAUGAACUGUGGGUUGUCAUGGAGUAUUUGGCUGGCGGCUCGUUGACCGAUGUAGUGACAGAGACCUGCAUGGAUGAAGGACAGAUAGCUGCAGUGUGCCGUGAGUGCCUUCAGGCUUUGGAAUUCCUUCACUCCAACCAGGUCAUCCAUCGGGACAUCAAAAGUGACAACAUCUUGCUUGGAAUGGACGGGUCUGUCAAACUAACUGAUUUUGGCUUCUGCGCCCAAAUCACUCCUGAGCAGAGUAAACGCAGCACCAUGGUGGGGACGCCAUAUUGGAUGGCUCCCGAAGUGGUAACAAGGAAAGCCUAUGGCCCCAAGGUGGACAUCUGGUCUCUGGGCAUCAUGGCCAUUGAGAUGAUUGAGGGGGAACCCCCGUACCUCAAUGAGAAUCCCCUGCGGGCUUUGUAUCUCAUUGCUACCAAUGGGACCCCGGAGCUGCAAAAUCCAGAGAAACUCUCACCCAUAUUUAGAGACUUCCUUAACCGCUGUCUUGAAAUGGACGUGGAGAAGAGAGGUUCUGCUAAAGAGCUUCUCCAGCACCAGUUCCUGAAAAUUGCCAAGCCCUUGUCCAGCCUCACCCCUCUGAUCAUUGCAGCGAAGGAGGCAACGAAGAAUAACCACUGAACCGCACCAACUGGUCCGAAUCCUCCUGUUCACGUGUUUGGUUUUAUCCUUCUGGGGUUCCUUCCUUCCUUCCUUCCUUCCUUCCUUCCUUCCUUCCUUCCUUCCUUCCUUCCUUCCUUCCUUCCUUCCUUUUUUUAAGAGACAAUUUUAAAGCGUUCAUCUCGCAGGAUUUCUGCCCUGUGCAGAAGCCUUUUAAUCUUUGGUGAAUCACAAUGGAGGUAAUUUGGACUGAGGAUUCGGAAGUAGACGUGCGGCGUGGAGUGACUCUGAACUCGGGAGCUGUGUUUGGAGUGGAAGAAGCGAGAAGCCUAGGAAAGGAUGUGAAAAGCUGGGGGGUGUUCCCCAACGAAUAGGGUUCUUUAUCUUUUAAUGAACUGAUUUCAGAAUGAAAGAGAAGAAUAUUACGCAGAUGCUUUUUAGAUGAUGUUUUUCCUAAGCAAGCUCUAAUUCUCAUUGCCUAGGCAUCCUUUUUACCUCUCUGAGAGCCUGGUUCUUAAACUACUGAAAGAUUAUUUGAAUUACUUGAAAACUAGGGCAGGCAGAGAGAGGUUUGGACUGUUUUUAUACUCUCGAGAAAAAGAGUUUUUUCCCCCUCUGGGGAACCACUGGAUGUUUGGACCCAAGUCUGCAUGCGUCAAAGAAGAGGUUGAAGUAGUUAGGAUGAACACCACCCCCACCCCUUUUUGGAAGAUUAAUUAAUCAGUGAUCAUCAUGCAAUGUGUUUGAGGUUUUGUGUGCGUGUAUGUGUGUGUUUAUAUGCGUAUGUGUGUGUGUGAGAAACAAAUUGUCCUCUGAUUAAAUUCCUGCGGCUAUUUCCCGUCCUGAUCUGCAAUCACUGCAAUCCAGUGCCUGUUUGAUUCAUAGAUUAGAAAAAUCCUUUCCAGAUGUAUUGGAACUUCAGUUCCCAGCAUGACCCGUGGCCAGAGGGAUUAUGGGAGUUGAAGUCCAGGGCAGCUGGAAGGCAUUGGGUUGGGAAAAGCUGAUGCAAGUGAUCUUGGUUUCUAUGAUCUCAAAUUAAAUGAUACAGAAACUUGCUCUUUUGGCCCUUGCUUAAGAAAUACGGCUGCAAAAACUCUGAGAAGGCAGUGAAAAAAAGGGGGUUUGGUUUUUUUUGUAUUUCUUUGCUGCCCCUUAGCCCUAGUAAGGAAUAUCACAUUUCAAAAUUUGCAAAAAAUGUUUCUGCUUUAUACCAGGACUGGUCUGUCUGGUUCUGUGAGCAACUGAGAAUUCAGUCUUUACAGUCCCAGCUGCAGCCAAGCGUCAGCAUGCUAGGAACAUCUGUCACUUUGUAUAGAAAAGAACUUUUAAUUAGUGUGAUAUGAAAACGGUGGAUGCAAAAUCAGCAAGUUUGAAUAAACUGGAUCGCAGAUGUUUUACACUGAUUGGUUUGUAAAGGCAAGAACGUUAGAAAGCAAAGCAUAGAAAUGCAUGGAAAGCAAACCCGUAUAAAAAGCAUCAAGCAAUCCGUGGAUCAAGCUUGUCUUGCAGUUUCGAUUUCAGGAAACACCCUCCUGCAAGUGCUGAAAACAGAGUAGCCAUUGUGUGCCGUUGUGACAGGAAUGAGUAUUCCCGAGCAUGAGCAGAGAGUUCUCUCUCCUGUACCUUGACAGGACGUAUUUUUUCACAUUUCCUACCUUUGUUAUCACGAUGAGCACUCGAGGUGGUUAACAGCAUUCGAAAACCAAAGCAGAAUAUAAAAGUUAAAGCUAUAGAUUAACACAGCAACCAAACCGAUAGGUGUGCAAAAUGUUCUGUGCACAGAACAGCAGGUUUACAUAUACAUAUCCCAUCUGAAUGUGGAACAUGUGUUAGAUCCAGGCACAGGCUCUGCAUACACACGUUUCAGGCACAGAUGUUCUGGAGUGGGAGGAGUCACAGGGACAGGUGAAAUCAGCAGUGAUGGUGGAGAGAAGGGAAGGAGCUAGGAGAGUUGGAGAAAGGGAAGGGUAUUUGUGUUAUACUCUGCUUGAAUCCAAGCUCUGCAGUGGUUCUAAUGUGGGGAGGAUUGAGAGAGGAGAAGGGGACAAGACCCCCCAGAUGUGCUCUACUCACUCCACAAGACCACCUGGAAUUUCUCUUGGGCGCAACUUGGGAAAAGCAAGAAGCUCCAGGGUUGGGUUCAUCUGGAUUGCAACCUCCUGGAACAGGUCCAGCUGAACCUAGGAAGAAUGGUGAAAAGAACCUGAGAAGGCAAAGCAGACAUGAUAGCUGUCUUCCAAGGGCUGUCCCAGGGAAGAGGGUGCGGAUUUAUUCUCUGAAGGUAGGACAAGAACCAAUGAGUGGAAGCAAACUCAAAAUAAGACUAAUAAAGUUAUCUAAACUCAAAGAAUGUUGUGACCACAAGAGCUGUGAAGCAGUGGAACAUCCUGCCUCCUGAUGUUGGAGGUGGGGGGUCCUUUACUGGAGGUACUCAAGGUUGGACAGCCAUUUUUCUGAGGUGGUUUGAGGAUUUGACUAGAAGACAUCCAAGGUCCUUUUCAACCCUAUGGUUCUAGAUCAGUGUUUCUCAACCUUAGCAACUUUAAGACGUGGACUUCAACUCCCAUGGACAUCACAUGGCUAAUAUCACUGACCUCCAAUCAGAAAACUUGAGCUGUGAGGGGCCAGUCAAGCAUUCUUGGCAUGCUUUUUGAAAUCUCUUUUUUCAACUAUUCUGGUAAUCGUUUAUGGGUAGUCUUUGACUUAAUGGCCAUUCGUUUAGCAACUCAAGUUACAAUGGCACUGAAAAAAGUGACUUACGACUGGUCCUUGUACUUACAACUGUCACAGCGUCCCUGCA